AUGCUGCUAAAUGCGAACAACAAUGCCACCACAACAUCUAGCAGAGUUCUCCCCCAGCCUCAACGACGCUCGCAAAUUCUCGUUCCCCUCGGCCCGUCGGACGAGCCUCCAGUGUUCAACUUGGCUCUCAACCAAACAGAAGCCAAUAGGAGCUUUCUUCUGGGCAUUGAGGAGUGGCUCGAGCAGAGACCCAACAAUAACCAACUCAUGAACCGCCUAGUUACAUGCUGCAAGUCCAACUUGGCUAUGGUCACCCCCAAUCCAGAGACACUAUCUCUUGCUCCAAUGCAGGACCAAGCAGCGUGGUUUGAAGAUAUCUUUGCCAUGAUCUUUCCCCUUGAGGACUGUGAAUCGUCGACUCUUGCGCUUGCCUGCAUUCGACGACGGAUGGGGAGCAACAAGCGUUAUGCCAGAGCGGUUACACUUCUUGCUCACAUUGAAGAGAUGGUACAUGCCAUGCUGGCUUCGCACGAAGUCACAAGAGACGCCCUCUCACAGUCCUGCAAAGCGUACGUCAUAGUUGCGUGUCUGGCCGCUGUUCUGUCACCUCCAAGGCAGCGAGUGAUGGACGGUGUUCGACAGAGCUUGCCUCCAUCGACUCAGCCCCUGUUGCCAUCAUUUCAACACCAGUCGCAGGGGUUCGGAGCUUCUGUGAUUGUGAAAAAAGGGAACACGGUAACCACAUUGGACCCCCUGGAACUCUACCAGGAGACGUCGUCUCGUUGGGACGCGGCGAAAGUGGAAUUUGAGCACACCGCCGUCUUUUACGGGGAGAAAGCUAGACCCUUUUCUAUUCACCGCCAUGCCUCUGGCGUCGAGCCACAGCUACAACCGACCAGACCUGUGUCCAUCAAACGAGAACACUCCAUCUCACGAGUCAUCUUCGAAGAUGAUGAUCCCUCAGACAGAGGUGCUUCAGAAAAGCCAUUGCCUGAUAAGCAGGAGAGUGACUUGAGAACCAGGACCCAAGUAGAAGCGAAAGCUAGACAACCAGACCCUCCCUCAAGGCCGAGCACUCAGGAUGACAAACCGAAAAAGCAAAACCUCCUUGUCAGGGUGCCAACGGAAGAGACUAUUGACUACCCGGAGGAGGUGGACACACAACCACCUAAUGAGUUUGGUUUUCAGAAGCCCGACAACCACCGAUCCGCCAUGUUGUCGAUUUCGCUUAAACCACCUGAUGGAGAGGAGCGCGGGGAGACAAUAAAGGCGAGGCGCAGCGUCGUCGCGGCUUUUCGCCUACGAGAUGGCGUUCCUGUUCAGGUGAGCAUCACCGGUGGAACCGACAGUCGCCGACGCUGGGCUAUGGAGGAGUUAAGGAAGAGUCUUGAGGACGAGGAGGCGAGCGCUUUUAUGACCGGAAAGCUAGCGCAAAAAACUCUAACUGGACUAGACGCUGAAGCCGUCUACAUGGACAUUACUGGUUUCAAAUCGGACAACCAAAAUGAUAAGGACAAUUCGUCUAGCACGUCUGUGAACCGCUCCUACCUCCUGUCGAUGUCCCUCAGCGGAUGUGACGAGGAGACAGAUGAUUGCGACCCGGGAUCUUCCGGAGCUAACCUUUCCAAAUCCGAAAUGGUUGGAGCCUUCAAACUUAAAGACGGCUCCCCCGUCAAAUUUAGACUUACCGGUGGGAGUGUGAUGAAGCGACAACUAGCUUUCCACGAGAUGCAACGACACCUGCUGAAUGACGAGGCUGGCACGUUUGUAAACAGCAAAAAAGUCAAAGAAUUCUUCGACAACGUGGAAACCACACUGGUAUCAACUGGGCCACCCGAUGACGUGGAUUCUCGGGGUACCACAGGAGACCAGGAGGGUAGAUCGGAGACGAUUUGGAGUGGUCAGACGCAGCUUCAAGUUGAGGAGGAGGAGGAGCGCUUGGUUGCCGCUGACGAAGGUACCGUGGGGUCAUUCAAGAUUAGUCAAGGCGCACCACCGCAACUAACACGGCUGGUAAAGCGCCGGAACAAGCGGUGGAGAAUGAUGUGGGAGAUGCAGAACCGCUACAUCAGAGAGGAGGCAAUAACUUUUCUCCAGGGGAGAAACUACACUUCAGCCAACUCCACCACAGAUGAGGACGACGACAAGAGUUGUACCCUUGAGCAAGGACAGUCAGAAAGACGUAAUACCGAAUCGAUACGGUUCAAGAUCAAAAAUGGCAUUACACCGCAGCUGACGGAGAUCCACCAGAAGGAGAGCCGAAAGAUCUCCGGGAAGGACUUGUGGGACAUGCAGAGACGCCUGCUCCACGAAGAGGCGUCCACAUUUCUUGAACAAAAGCACCACAACAAAGGGGACCUUGAAGAGGCCUCGGCGACGGACACAGUCACGCAAUCUGGACCCAGUGCCUGUCUGACCGCCAGGAUUCCGUCGACGUCAGAGGAAUCUGGACCCUCACGAUUGAUAGUCACAGCUGAAGCACAGGACGACGGUACUCUCGUUGCCCAAAUUCUCACUGAAGUCUCAUUUAAGCGACCAUUUAGCGACACCUCGGAGAGUAUUCAGGUGGUGUUAAACUUAAUCGCUCCAAAAGAACUUUCCCCCGAUAUGAUUUAG